CAAACAUGGCGUCAGGAGGCAGCUAACUGAGAAGAAAAGCGGGUUAUCCUCCAGAGCCGUUUUAAAUGAAAGUUGCAUUUCUUAAUUAAAGAUAGCAUUUGCUUCGUCCUGAUCUAAAGAUGGAGUCCACUUCGUUUCCAGAGGAUGUUUCGGAGAGGAAAGUGUGUGUUGUCGGGUCGGAGCCGGUGGAAAACUACACUGUCUAUAUCAUUGAUGUGACGGAUGGAGAGCACAAAUGGACUGUAAAGCAUCGCUACAGUGACUUUCACGACCUCCACGAGAAGCUGACGGCAGAAAAGAAAGUGGACCGACGGCUGCUUCCUCCAAAGAAGAUGUUGGGGAAGAACUCAAAGAGUCUGGUGGAGCGGCGGCAGAAGGAGCUGGAGCUUUACCUGCAGACGCUGCUGCAUCAGUUCCCAGAGACCACACCAACUCCCCUUGCCUGCUUCCUGCACUUUCACCUUUAUGAGAUCAACGGGAUCACAGCAGCUCUGGCUGAAGAGUUGUUCAACAAAGGGGAGCAGUUGCUGCAGGCCGGCGAGGUGUUUUCUCUCCAUCCGCUGCAGCUUUACUCCAUCUCCCAGCAACUACGUCUGGCAAAACCAACCUGCUGCAGCGGAGAUGCCAAGACAGACCUGGGACACAUCUUGGACUUCACCUGCAGGCUGCGAUACCUCAAGGUGUCUGGUACCAGAGGUCCAGUAGGAACCAGUAACAUCCAGGAGAGCAGUCUCCCCUUCGACCUGUCUGUCUUCAAGUCACUGCUGCAGAUAGAGAUCAGUGAGUGCAGCUCGCAGCAGAUCCGAGGUCUUUCCUCUCUGAGGUCCAGUCUGGCAACUCUGAGUAUCCACCACUCCAUGGAAACUAUGACGUCAAUCCUAGUCCCCGAGGCGAGUGAGUUCUCUCAGUGGGAGGCAGAGGGGGCGGAGUCAGGCUGUCCCGUCACUGCCGUCAUCCCGGUGUGGAGGAACCUGACCACGCUGGACAUGAGCCACAACGGCAUCAGCACCAUCGACAGCUCCGUGAAACUGAUUCCUAAAGUGGAGUUUCUGGAUCUAAGUCACAACAAACUAUCCACAGUGGAGAACCUCCAGCACCUCUAUAAUCUGGUUCACGUGGAUCUGUCCUACAACUGCCUGCAAGUCCUGGAAGCUGCUCACACCCGCCUCGGGAACAUCAAAACUCUGAGUCUGGCCGGCAACCAGCUGCAGCAGCUGAGCGGCCUCACCAAGCUCUACUCACUGGUCAACCUGGACCUCAGCCACAACCAGCUGGAGCAGCUGGAGGAGAUCAGGAACAUCGGCUCUCUGCCCUGUCUGGAGAAACUCAACUUGUCCAGUAACCCCAUGGGCAUCAUCCCGGACUACAGGACCAAAGUCCUGGCCCAGUUUGGAGACCGGGCAUCAGAGGUUUGUCUGGAUGGUAAGGUGACGACAGAGAAGGAGCUAGACACAGUGGAGGUGUUGAAAGCAAUUCAGAAAGCCAAAGAAGUCAAAGACAGGAUGAGCAGCGGCGACAAGAAGAUCAGUGAGGAGACCAGGCUGUCUGCUGCUGCACCUCCUCACCUCUCCUCCUCCUACUCUUCCUCCUCUCCCCCCUCCUCUUCUUCCUACUGCUCCUCUGCUGUCGCUCCUCCCGCUGUCACCACUUCCUCUUUUUGUUCCUCCUCCUCCUCCUCUUUCUCUUCCUGUCUGGCCCAGCAGGCCUCCUGCCCCAGUCAAGAAGUGACAAGCAGAGAAGACUCCGUUCCUCCCAGUGCUCUCCCUCCUGUGGACGCUGCAACCCCCCCACCAAGCUUUAACACAAAUACAAACCUUCUGUCUGCUGACCCCGACCAGGUACACCAACCUGCUGUCGCUCUGUCUGAACACACACUCUAUGGAGCCCCCACAAGCAUGACUACUACUAUCACUACUACUCCUACAAAUACUACAAAUGCUGUCUGUUGCGUCUGCUGCUCUUCCUCGUCCAGACCAGCUGAAACCACAUGUUCCUCCUGCAGUGCAGCCUGCUGUCCUCUACUUCCUUCUCAGCUGCUCUCCCUCUCCUCCACCAACAAAGACUUCAUUACCCAGCUCUCCCAGCGGCUCAGCUCCCUUCUGAAGGAUCAGAAAAGGGAGACGGCAGAGGAGGAAGAGACGGAGGAGGAGAAAGAGACAAGGUCUAAAUCCAGAGAGCUGCAGUCUCACGUGGAGUGCACUGAGGAGGGAAGUCUCAGUCCAGGCUCCAGGGACGGAUAUUUCGAGAUGGGUCUGGAUGACUCUUUAGAGGAGUCCGUUGGCUCCUCCUCCACGUCGCUCGCUGUUCCUUCUGCAGAAGAGCUUGCUAGCCAACAGGGGGAGCUGUGUGAGGAGGAGGAGGUGGAGAAGGAGGAGCAGGAGGAGGUGCAGGUCAGAAGGGUCCUGUGGUGCUACUGUCUUCAGGUGAAGGAGGAAGUGGAGCAGAAGAAGGCUUGCCUGGUGCUGACGGACCAAGUAUUGGGUCUGAUGUACCUGUCUGAUGAUUUCACAUGGACCAAUCAGGAUGCAGACCAGGAGCAGUGUGUGGAGGAGGUGCUGUCCAGCCUGCAGGUGGACCUCCUUCUGAUGUACUCACAGCUCCUGCUCUCCUCCCAAUCCGAGCUCCCCAACUCCUGCCUCGCAUUCGGCUUCAAAGCUGGUCCGACACGCUGGUUCAUCUUCUCAGAGCCGGAGGCAAUCCGGCAGACCAGGAGUGAGCUGAAGCUGUUGAUCCAGGCUGUAAAGUCUCAGCCUGACCUGGAGCCCCCCCUCCCUCCUCAGCUCCUCCCUCACUCGCUCAUCAACUCCUGGGAGCUGGAGGAGAGUCAGGGAGCCCAGGGAGGCUAUGCCGCCUUUCUCCUUCCUUCCUCCUCCAUGUCCUCCUCAGCCCCGGACACCAACCCGCUCCUGUCAGACAUCUUCUCCAUCAGAGGGGACCCCAGCCUCCCUUCACUCCUCUUUCUCACCCACAGACACCUCUGGGUGCUGAAGAUUGAUUUCAGAGAGCUGGCAGAGAGUGAGAAGAAGAGCGCUGGGCUUCAUCACUCCUCCUCCUCCUCCUGGUGCAGGCUGGUCCGUGUGCCCAUCGGCUCCAUGGUGCUCCACCCUGGAGAGAGGGCUUCAAAAGUCGGGGAAAGAAGCAGCAACACCUCCUGCUGUGACCCCAGACACCUCCACAGGAGGAGUUACACUGUGGAGCUGCUGCUGGGCGGUCAGAGGCUGCUUCUGCUCUUCCCUCUGUCCCAGAACAGGAGCUCUUUCCUGGGGGAGCUUAGCCAAAGGAGAGCCACUCUGGAGGGGCUGAAGAUGGUUGCCUUGCCUCUGCCCUGUCCACAAGAUGGGCCGCACACACAAGGCCGUCACGGAUCCAGAGACCAGUGCUGUUGUUCCAGCAAGAGGAAAUCACACAGCACCAGCAGCUGGGACUCCUCUCGUCUCCAGCUGGAGGAGAACCAGCCGUCCCCCCACCUCACCACAGGUCUCUCCCCAGGACUAAAGGUCCUUGCUGGGCUCGGAGGAGAUCAGCUGCUGACCUACUUUCACAGAUAUAUAGCAGAGUCUGACUUGGAGGAGGUGAGACAGGUGUUGUGGCUGUCUGUGGUUCUCUACAAGUCUCCAGAGUCUGAGCUAACCUGCUGUCUGCUGCUCUCCAACGAUACCAUCUACUUCCUGUUGGAGGACUCCGCCGCCACACUACAUCAUCACUCGGUUUUGGACGUUAUGGACUCUGGAGAUCCGGAUUUGUGUCUGUGCUGCUGUCUGUCCGUCAAACUCUCUGAUCUGCUGUCCGUCAACGUGGGACUGUUCGACCAGUACUUCAGGGUCGUAGGCCGCUCAGCUGAUCACAUCGUGUGCUGCCUCAGCAGGGACAGCUAUGGGACGGGUGUCUUCCUCCAGGAGCUGAUGUCGGCUCUCAGUUUGCAGCAGCAGCUUCCUCAACCAGAGCCGUCUGAUCAGGACUUCUACUCACAGUUCACCAGCACAAACACCGGCAAGAUGCAGAACUACGAGCUGCUCCACAGCAGCAGGGUGAAGUUUAUUUAUCCCAGUGAGGAGGAGAUGGGAGACCUUACCUUCAUCGUGGCAGAGAGGAAGACUCCAGCCAGCUCAGCGUCUUUGUCAUCACGCUCCUUCAACGUCCUGCUCUACCUGCUGGUUUUCCAGGUCCAGAUCCCGAGCCAAGGCUCCACUCUCUCCGGCCUCUCCUCCUCCUCUGGGCCAUGUCCGGUCCUCCAGCCCAGGACUCUGAUCCUGACCAGUACCGACGUGUUCCUGUUGGACGAAGACUACGUCAGCUAUCCUCUCCCCGACUUCGCCAAAGAACCUCCCUCCAGGGAGCGGUACCAACUGCGUGAGGCUCGGAGGAUCCGUGACCUGGACCGGGUGCUGCUGGGGUACCAGACGUACCCUCAGGCUCUGACCCUGGUGUUUGAUGACCUUCCCGGCCCCGACCUGCUCUGCCACCUCACCAUGGACCACUUCACUGCUGCAGGGGAGGAGGCCCCGCCAAGAGGGGCCUCAUCCAGCAGCGGUGCAGAGGGAGAGGUCCAGUGGUGCGUCUUUGUCCCCGGAGCCGACAGCAGAGAGAGGCUGAUCUCACUGCUCGCUCGCCAGUGGGAGGCGCUGUGCAGCAGGGAGCUUCCUGUGGAGCUCACCGGCUGAUUGGUGGAUAUCAGUUAGGUGGAUGACCUAGUUGGUUGUUGGGAGCUGAUGGCAGAUGGAGUCAUCAUAAGAGCGAGAUGAUUAAGUAGCAGAUUCAGGGCUGGGCUCGCUGUUUAAAGGCCUCAAUAUGCUUUAAAGCAAGAAGUGUUUUCUCACCACAUGUAAAGGACAAGCUUUUUCACAUAGAAUGGUGGUCACAGAGUCUGGCAAGAUGUGAUGAAUCAAUGAAAUGGGGCUAACAAUGCACAUUGGAUUUUUAAAAGCGACACAAAUGAGUGUGAGAAGAGAAAAGAAAAAAAAAACAAGAACAAAUCCAGUGUACGUACAAUAGAGCUGCAACAAUUAGUAGACUAUUAAAAGCCAACUUUUUUUUACAAUUAACAUCAUUUUUCAUUUGCAAAAAAGAGAGAAAAUACUGUUAUCAGCCUCAUGAGGUUUGUUCCUUUUUUCUGUUUUAUAUCGUAUUAAACAGAAUAUCUUUUGGUUUCCUUAUUCCCCUCUCCAGCCAGUCGCAUCAUCAAGUGCAUCCUUCUGCCUCACCACCUCUCUCCAACACCUCUUUUGUGUCUUUUGCAUAUCGUUGUAGUCUUGAAUAGAGAAAACAGUGCAAACUGUUGGACCGUUUUUCCUACAACACAUUCCUUGUGUUGCAUUCAGUUCUUCACAUGUGACAGUGGUAAUUGGGUUAGCAGUUUAAUAAAAAAUAUGUUUGAGAGACACAUGGAUUGCCUCCUAACAUGGAGGCAAUCCAUGUGUAAAGUUGCAAUGAUUGUUGGUUUCAGACGAGCACACAGUUUGAAGCAUACUGGGGCCUUUGGUCGUACUUCUUACAGAUUGAAAGGGAUCUGGCUUUGUUCAAACAGCGUUUGGUGUCUGCUCCAGAUUAAAGUCUUGGUUGUAUUCAAAGGACAGCAGACUGCCAUUACAGACCUGAGACCUCACACCAAGCUGAAACAGUGGGAGUUUCUGGCACAACCUCAUCUUCUUUUAAAGUGUCUCACAUGGAGCACAUUUACAGACUUGAGACACAGACAGACAGACGGACGGACGGACGGACGGACGCACAGCAGGGGGUGCUGCAGACAGUCCACAGGAGUGUACUACCUUAUAAUCAACAUUACCUUAAAGAACAGUUUGUCACUUCAGGUAUAUCCUCUUGUCCUCUCCGGAGUCAGAUGUAUAGCAGUUUCAUUUCUGUGAGUUCAAUACAAAUAAGUAUAAAGUGUUAACCUAGCUUAGCACAAGGACUGGAAGCAGGGGGAAACUGCCAAACUAGCCUCAUUAAAACUCCAAAGUUGUCUGAUUUACAUGUUUAUUUAUAUUAUGUUGCUCUUAAAACCAAAAAAACAUGUUUAACGUUUUCUGCAGUCUGACUCUGGGCGAGGAAACAAAAGGAUCUCCAAAAAAUAUUGGACUGUAGUUUUUAAAUAGCACACACAAAAACACGGCUGCUCUGCACAAUCUGCUCUCUGUACAUUUUAUUCCUUGCACAUUGAUGAAGCAGUAUUGUUGAACUGUAUAUUGAAGCUUUUUUUUAAUUAAUAUUAAUAUAAUUAUGUUUUGGGACAGACGGAUGUUUUCCAUCCUAAAGCAGAUUUUGUACUAAACACGGAUAUCCUGAAGAUUUUUCCAAAAAGUACUCUUACAUAUCUUAUUUAGUAUUGUCAUUAAGUAUUAUUUUUUAUAUUUUCUUUGUUUUAUUUUUUUGUCUGUUAUGUCUUAUGUACAUUGUUAUGGACAAAUGGCAAGGCAUUCAGUGCUGGACCCUGCCACCAUUCACCGCUGUUGUUUAUGUUACAUGUUGUCUUGUUAAUGGGGAAUGCCACUUAAUUAAAGUGAAAACGAAAACAA